AUGAAGGGUAGCAAAGAUGUACAUGUCACUAAAACACAAGAAAGGGCGGAAACAAUCGUCGCCAAUUGCAAUGUGGAAGGUAUGUUUUUACCUCCAUAUUACAUUUUCAAUGGAGUAAAGAAGCAGCAAGUUUGGGAAGAAAACAAGCCAGCUGGAGCUGUAAUAACAAUGCGAAAAAAGUCAGCCUACAUUUUUGAGGAAAUAUUCAUAGAUUGGUUAACAAAUCACUUCAUUCCAAGAAAACCAGUUGGAAAAACUUUUUUAAUAUUAGACGGACACGGAUCUCAUAUGAAUUCCUUUGGAAUGCUAGAAACAGCUGCUGGUAAUGACAUUAUAAUGUUGUGUCUUCUCAGUCACACUACACAUUUCUUAAAGCCUUUAGACCAAUCAUUCUUCAAACCCCUCAAGAGUUCUUUUAAACUUGCAUGUGACGAAUUUGUAAGAAGUAAUCCGAACAAACGCAUUGAAAGUCGGCAUUUUGGACAGCUUCUAGGAGAUGCCUGGUCCCGAUCUGCAACUGCACAGACCGGAGUUUCGGGAUUCCGUGCUACAGGGAUUUAUCCGUUAAAACCAUCUGUAAUAACAGAACAUACAUUUAUUUCUUUUGUGGAUAUAAAUUGUUCAUCGAGAAAUGAAAACCCAAAGGUGGAACUUGAAGCACAAGCUGUUCAAAAAAACCUAGAAAUCUAA